GAGCGCUGGACCGUUUAACCUUCAUUCCGUUUUUUUGCUUUGACGAGCGCGGUUCACCAUCACGCCGGGGCCAUGGCGCUACUCACGCUGUCGCUCGCAUACGAAGCUGCUCUGUCCUGGCUUCCCCAGAAAGAUGUGCGGGCCGAAGGCUGGCCACUCACCGGAAGUCCAUUGCCGGUCGCCUUCAUCACGGCUUUCUAUGUCUACUUCGUCAAGCUGUUCGGCCCCCGCUGCAUGUUACACCGCAAGCCUUUCGACCUGAAGCUCUGCAUCCUCGCCUACAAUCUGCUAACCACGCUCUUCAGCGCCUUCUUCGUCGUGCGGUUCGCCAAGCUCGCCUACUGGGACCUGGGCUACACUUUCCUGCAGGAACAGGACCUGGGCGUCACCCCUGCGAACCUGGAGAUCGUGCGCCUCUCCUGGUGGCUCUACCUGUUCAAGCUUGGCGAGCUGGCCGACACCGUGUUCUUCGUCCUCCGCAAGAAGAACGACCAGGUUAGCAACCUGCACGUCGUGCACCACUUGAUCGUCUCGUGGAACAUGUGGCUGGCGGUGACCUUCGGCGCGCAGUCGCACAGCAUGUUCGUCAUGUGCCUCAACUCGCUCGUGCACGUCUUCAUGUACGCCUACUACUUCCUGGCUGCGCUUGGUCCGUCCUUCCGUCGCUUUCUGUGGUGGAAGAAAUACCUGACCAUGAUGCAGAUCUUGCAGUUCGUCCUACUCUUCGUGCACGCCACCGGCACCGUGUUCGCCACCGGCAACUACGUGCGUCUCUUCAGCUGGCUCGAAAUGGCGGAGGCGGUGCUGUUUUUCGUGUGGUUCAUCGCCUUCUACGCCAACGCGUACGCCAAGAACAAGAAGCCGUGAGCCCCAGCAGCGGGCUCCAGCCAACUGGAAUGCCAUGAGCAUUCGUUGGCACUGCUGCGGUAUCCGGGCAUGUCUUAAGUGGAAUGACAAGAGACUGUAAGCUUACGGUUCCUUUCUUUGCGGAUCGAACUCGAUGGCUUUGCCCCGAUACUUGCAUUUUUUCACAUUACUUUUUGAAACGAGCAAAAGCAUUCUGCGUCCAUCACAUACGUAGCUUUGUUGAACUGCUCGCCUUUGCGGGUUCUCUUUUACGCCCAUUCUUUGCUACAUUUGUACGCGCCGUUGAGUGAUGUCCUUAUUUCUCCGGCCAUUGUCACUUCUUUUACCUGCGAUCUUCGACUUCCUAAAACCAUGUUUCAUUUAGAAGACGCAGCAAAUGACAUUCAUACUCUUUUAAAGUGUUCACAUUCAUGCACCUGUUCUGCUGUAGGACGAAUGGCCAGGCUUCCAUAUUCUUUGAUGCUGACACACUUGGCAAUGUUGCUUGCAAACGUGAAUCGCCGAUGUAACGCAGGCAAGUGUAGUGCUUAUCACGACAUGUUUCGCCCCUUUGUCGGAAAAAAAAACAUGAACACAUUGGAGUACGUACUUUCUAAGUGUAGCAUGCUGUAAUUUCUUAACCAUUUACCAUUGUAGUCUCGAAGAUUUGAUUGAAACGGAGACCUGUUAGCUUGCUGUUUCAUCCUGGCCACUUUGCGGGCCUUGCUCAAACAGGGUUUGUGGAAAUGUUCUGCCGACGCCCUACGAAGUACGAAAAUCCUUGUGGUGACGCUCAGGGCGGGCCUAUGCAGCAGCGAUAACGUGGCAAACGCAGCACUAUGUUCAAAACAUAGCAAUCCCUCAUUUAGGCCACAAUAGCGGCAGAAGUCUAGAUGGAGGGGAAAAAAGAGGAUUUGUCAAGUGUGUCGCUGUUAAGAGUUCAAGCUUGCUUCAUGUUUUCUAGAAAGGCAUUUCCGCCUUUUUAUGUUGUGCUUUUUCGCCUACUUUCUGCAGAACAUGUCACCUACUAGGGUAAAUCGUUCAUGUGAACCAGUUUGUGCCAAACAACGUGGCGCUUUGCACUUUUGUGACAACCCACUUUUAUCAAAUAAAUGGCAUAAACCUA